AUGGAGAGUGGCCCCCCCAAUGGGGAAGAGAACUCGAUGGAGGAAGAUGAGGAGUUAGCUGAUGAAGGUAAGGAGGAUGCCCAACCUGUUCCAGAAGUCACAUGCGAAGUUAGGGUUGACGGAAGGACCAAUUUUUUGCUUUCCAAAGAGUUCAAAAAGAAGGCUUGGCGUCCAUGGCAUCAAGCGAUUUAUGUCAAAUUAUUGGGGAAAAGACUAUCCCUAGCUUUUAUGGAAAAAAGUCUGGAGAAUAUGUGGGCGCGUGAAGGACAGCUGAUGAUCACAGAUGUGGAGAAUGGGUUCUACCUAGUGCGAUUUUCAGAGAAAAAAGACCUCGAUCAUGCUUUGACUGCUGGCCCGUGGGUGAUUUUGGAUCAUUACUUGGUGAUUCGAGCUUGGGAACCUGAUUUCCAACCGUUUCAAGCGGCAGUUAACAGAGUCAUGGCUUGGGUAAGACUACCUCAAUUCCCUAUUGAAUAUGUAAAUACUAAAUUAGUAAAGAGUAUAGGGAAUUGGAUUGGUCGAUUUGUCAAAUUAGAUGCUGCUACUACUUCACUUGCUAGGGGUAGAUUUGCACGGAUUUGUGUGGAACUGGAUUUAAGUAAUCCCCUACAGGCUGAUUAUAAAAUAGAAGGUAGGUUAAAGAAGAUUGAAUAUGAAGGUUUACAUAUAGUGUGUUAUUCUUGUGGCCAGUAUGGUCAUAGAGCUGAAAAAUGCUCUAAAUCUACAGUUGGACCUGGUGGAGAUGGAAAGGAAGAAGAAAUGAGAAAUGCUGACUUAGGGAAUGAUGAGGGCAGGGAAGUAAGUCAAAAUCAGACCGUGGAGGGUGGAUCUUUUGGCCCUUGGAUGUUAGUGAAUAUACAACAGGGUGCUAGUAAGGCUUCCAAUUCUAAGAUAGCAGAGCACAAAGUUAAGGAUAGCUCUAUUCACAAUGGGAGCCGGGUAAAGGGUGCAAAUUUCAAUGUUCUGAGGACAGUAGCUGAGGAGAAUGAGAAUUUGGGGAAUAUGGAGUCUGUGAAGGAAACCCAAGUGUAUUCGGAGGAAAGACAAAUGGUUAGGAAUACAAAAAGAGAGAAGAUGAAUUUAAAGGAGAAGGCCAUUGAUGCUCACCGGCUUGUGACAAAUAAUUGUCGAUUGGUGUAA